UUCCCCCUCGCUGUCUUGUCUCUCUAGGGUUUCGCUUGUAGCGACGGCCGUUGCUUGGUAUGUCACAAGCUGACGGGGCUGACUGAUUGAGCGUGCUGUACUGAAAGUUGAAGCUACUGGCUAUCGAAUCACUGUACUAGCAAACCCUGCAUCAAUACGAGCUGCAAUCCAUUGUUUCGCUUUACUCCAUAGCUCACGGUAGCGCGACAUAUCUCGUAGGAAGGUUCAAUUCGGAAUAAUUACUGGCAUGUAUGCGUUUUUUUUCAAUGUGCACCUUUAGGGAUGCUAUUUGUCAUGGCCCAUACUUGACUCUGACCAUGACAAAGGAGACAGUCGGCUGGACGCGGGUGUUUGACGUGUGUAUCGUUGAUUUGAAUAUAAUAGCGUUGUGUAAGCAGAUGUGAGUGGGCCGUGAAGUUGGGCCGGAUUGUUUGGGCGCCUAUAUAGGCUGCUCUGUUGUAACAGAGAAGGGCAGAACUUUUGAAAUAACAGAACUCAGUUUCCAGUAACCAAUUCACCUCACGGUGUGUUCAUCGGCGAUCUCUUGGUGACGACUGCGCGCACUCACGUCGGCGACGCCGCGCCGGCCAAGGGUCGUGACAAGUGGUAUCAAAGCCGAUCAUCUUCGGCCUCACUUCUUCUACUUGUGCGCUUCUCCACGCCUGCGAUCUUCACCUAUAGAGUUGUUGGAAGCCACCGCACGCAAGCUAUUCAACGCAUUGCAGCAGAUGGCCGCCGCCACGCCACAGCACGACGACGAACGCGUCUUCAAGGUGUGGCCUAUCUUCGACGAGGAAUGCAUCUUCGAUGGAGAGCCUAUUUACGACGAGGAUCCCAACGGUCUCAUCACUGAGAGCGUCGACGUGUUUGGCUCUUCGGGUGCCCCGAUGUACGACGACGUCUUCGCCACAAGCGCCUGCUCCGGGGUGUCUUCUCCUUCCUACGAUGAAGACCUACUCGGCGUGUUCGGGAUUUUCGUUCCCGACUGCGAGCAGUUCGACGACAAGCGGACGGUCCAAACCCGCUUCGACACCGCGCCGUGCAUGGAGUCGGAGGAGACUCGCCAGUCUCUCCUUGUCGUCAACCACUUCCUCAACCACACCAUCGCCCAGGCCCUCGUCGCUGACGGCGCCGACCACUGUUUUGGCGAGGAGCUCUGCUUCAGCGAGGAGCUCGACACCGAUCAGACCACGGAAUUCCAGUACUGCGACGGCAACCACGUCGGAGCCGAGAUCCGUGCACACAGGACCGAGGCGUGCGAGGGUUGGGACAUCUGUCAGGUGGUCGACCACAACGUGGACGCUGCACCGGUGGCCGACAGCUUCCUCGCGCUCUCACCUGCGAACAAACUCCGCUUCGACAUGCCCGAUGGGAUGCAGGGUGGCUUAAUCGCUUCCAAUCACCUCCAGGGAAAAGUGGCGCUCGACCUCCCCAUCAGCAAGCAUGUUUUCGAUGGCGCCAGCAUCGACGGGAAACCGUGCUUGCGGGCACACACGCUGAGGAGCAUCGCGGAGGAAGCGCAAGCGCUGGAGGCAACGUUUCCCAUAUUCCACGCCCAGACACUCAACGUGCUCUGCGGCACCAUCCCGAGCUACUGUUUCACCAUCGCGCUCAUCGCCGUCGACGGCCACUUCAACCUCUAGCACCUCGACCCGCUCCCGCUCAUUCCUUACAUCCACGUGGCUCCAUUUCUGGCUUCUUCUAUCCUUCAGUUGGUGGGGUCUGCAGAGGAGGAGGAGGUUCUCACCAACUCGCCCAACAGGUGUUUGGUGAAUUGCUUCAAUCUCAUACAAAGUUGUUUCAGCAGGGAUGCAGUGUCACAUCGGCAGCCUUGGCCACCACCUCAUAUGCAUGUUGAGUCUGGGUGGGACAGUGCUGAUUUACGUCCAAUUUCGUGGCCGUCUUUCACCAUAGUAGUUCAUGAUUCAGCAGUGCUCAUGUUAUGGCCGAAAGGAGUGCAUGUUGUUGCUACAUUCUAUCAUCGAGGAGUUCACGAGUUGGUGCAACCUUUGUCAGCCCGAGUAACUGAUGGACAACGCUAUAGGCCUAUGAAGGUGGAUGGGGCUCCCAAAUGGAUGGUGAUUCAAUACCAUGGUGCAGCUACCUGUUUACCCGGCGUUCAACCUUCUGUUUCCACAGGAGCGGUAGUGGAGCUGUUGUUGCUCUCGGCUGCAAGUGCUGCUAUGGUCGGAAUGAAGAUUGUUGAUGUUGGAAUUGAUAGUGGUGCUAACAGGGUGCAGCUCGCGGGCAAGCUCAAGAUAUCCAAGACCGACCAGUUUGACUCCGACGCCUACGUGCAGUCCAAGUGCUGCGCCAUGGAUGAGAAGGAAGUAAGGCACCUGUGUUCUUACCUGCAAGAUCUAAAGAAGACUUCUGCUGAAGUGAUGCGCAGAAGUGUUCGUGCAAAUUAUGUUGUAUUCAUCAAAACAUCAAAGGAGAUAUCAGACCUUGAAGGGAAGCUACUGUCAGUUAGAAAUUUGCCAAGUACACAGUCGGCAUUAAUCCAUGGUCUAUCCGAAGGGGUUCAGAUAGAUUCAUUGGUCACAGGGCCUGAAGGUUCUGUUGAACAAGACAUAUCCGGUGCUGAAGAUCAGAAGCCAUCAAAAAUAUGGAAAUGGUCCACAGAGUUCCCGAACAUGCCUGAUGUUCUGCUAGCCGAAAGAAGAGUGGAUGAAGCACUAGACAGAAGUUUAGCAGUCAGUACUAUAAUAUUUGCAAACUUUCAUGCUUCCAUUGUUUGGGGGUACUCUGGACGGGUUGUUCCUUAUCACUGGUUCAAGAGCAUGUUUGGGUGGACAUAUCUGAAAAUCGGUGUUGAUCAGUUGGUGCGGCAGUGUCCAGUUUUUGAACAAACUCAAGAAGAGCAGCAGUUUCCUGUUGGGUCAUUGCAUCCGUCUUACUUGAGUGGUUACUGCUUUAACUCAUUGUAUCGGUAUGCGAGUGAAACCAACAGACUGGGUGCAACAGACAGAGACGGUGUACUUGUUGACGCUUAUGCUCUCUAGAUGGCUGGCAAACCACGGCUAGUCUCCUUGCCGCAUCUGAUUUCUGUGUACAAGGGUGAGACCGAGUAUGUUGUGCUUGCACACGUAACCACGACAAGUCUACACAUUGACGUGAUGAUGGUUGUUGCUGCUCUGAAAGAAUUGGUUUCUCUAAGGAAUUUCCUAAUUGAUUUCCUAGAGCCACUUGCGUUGAAAUUUGGUUGGGAUGCUAAGGGUGACGCGGGCCACCUGAAUGCUAGGAAUUGGUCCACUGCCACGUUAAGGAGGACGUUCUGACAGCUGCUCCAAGACUUUUUCAAUGCCAAGAGUUGGGCAAGAACAUCAACCUCAAGGAGCUGGAGUUCAGACUAGAGAACUGGUUUUGCAGGACCAAGCUAUUCCUCAAGGUGUUGAUCCAACGGUCAGAAAUGUCAGAGCUCUCUAUGUGGAUGGAUUUUCAUGCAGCGAAGACUCAUCUCUUUACUGUUGCCUUGCUUGGGGACAAGCAAGUUUUGGUGAGGGGGCAUAUGUCAUGGCCCAUACUUGACUCUGACCAUGACAAAGGAGACAGUCGGCUGGACGCGGGUGUUUGACGUGUGUAUCGUUGAUUUGAAUAUAAUAGCGUUGUGUAAGCAGAUGUGAGUGGGCCGUGAAGUUGGGCCGGAUUGUUUGGGCGCCUAUAUAGGCUGCUCUGUUGUAACAGAGAAGGGCAGAACUUUUGAAAUAACAGAACUCAGUUUCCAGUAACCAAUUCACCUCACGGUGUGUUCAUCGGCGAUCUCUUGGUGACGACUGCGCGCACUCACGUCGGCGACGCCGCGCCGGCCAAGGGUCGUGACACUAUUAUCUAUGCUAUGCAGCUUCAAAAGUCAAAACCAUGGGUUCUUCCCUUCUAUACAUAUCUGGUCAUCAGUAUGUGCUUGCCCCUCUUUAGAGACGAGGGUACAGGUAAGACAUCUCCACUUUACCUCUUUUUACCCUGUAUAGAUGUAGUAUAUUCAAUCCACAAGCUUAGCAGCACUCACAACUGAACAGUGUAACUAAAUGAUAAGGUUAGUUCAGGGACAUCUCAUUGAUCACGAUGUUGUUCCCUAUUUUGUAAUGUUUAGAAUGCUUAAUGAUGGCUCAAUCGACCUCACGUAGAGUGCAUUUUGUUUGUGGCGGAAGUAACUGUAUGUUAACUAGUUAGUCACAUAUAACUUCUGGACUAAUGCAUUUUUCCUCUACUGCUACUGCAUUGGGUUCUGCACAGUCCUUCCUCCUAAUGCUCACCAUGUACCACAAGUAGAUGAUCAUUAUGUUCUUCUUUAGCAUGCCAUCAUAAAUCAAUCUGGAAAUAUUGUACUUAUCUAUAAGACCCAACUAAUCUGGUGGUGGUUUUGGUGUAGCGCUAAAUUUCUCUUAUCAUGGUUUAUACAUGCUGCUUAUCAUCAGAACGAGACACUAAUCCACUAAUAUAUUAUGUGCCUAUUCUGCUUCUUCUGUACGGGCCUGAUAGUUUCUCUAAAUUUUAACUAGCAAGAAAGAGCAUAUUUGCCUUGUGCCAUUGUCCUUGAUCUUCUGCCUUUUUUUAGAAAAAGGAAUUAAAUGGUACUCCUAACAGGAUAAGUUGGAUUAUUAGAUGCCCUGUGAUGCUUUGGUUUAUUGGGAAAAAAGAUCGCAAUUGAUAUUGGUUAUUCAAAGCAGACACUUCCCUACUGCAUUUAAUCUUUACUGUAUUUCCUUUGUUAUGUUAUAUUUCAUUGCCCCCUCUUUAUUUUGGUUCCUGGCCUUGUUCUUUUGUUUCUUCUGAUUCAUUUUCAGUUCUAGCUGUGUGCUGAAGUGUUAUUCUGGAUGUAUACUUGAUUAUUUGUCAGUUUCCUAAACGCACAGCACAUUACUACCAUUACUCCCCCCAUUGCUAUCUAGGUCUGAUAUGGUUUUUGUGAGUUCUUAACUUGUUGUUUUUGUCAUUUUGGUCCAGGAGUGUAGCACCAAUUAGUUCGAGUGAUGUCUCUCUGCCCACAUCAUCAUUAGAUCUCCCAGAUGUUGCAGAUCUCUUUGCUCCCCCUGCAGACAAUGCAUCAAGGAAGAGGGAAUCAAAUGGGUCUGCUCUUCAUGACUCGCGCAAUAAAUUUCCAAGGAUGCAAUCACAAUCCCAAGGCAUAGGAAGUGCUGCAGGGAACGCCCUAAUUCCACCGCAGCUUCGUGGAAGGAGCAAUGUUGUUACCGAAGACAUGAGCAAACUCUUUGUGGCUAAACGAAAAGAGUAGCAUCUUAACCUUUUCUGGACCUGAACCUCUGUUUGGACUCCAUAGACUGAUAAACGCAUGUACUGAGUGCAAUGGAUGUGCCGGCAUGAUCCAAGGUUGUUGCUGAAUCCUAAAGAACCGGACGAAGGAUGCUAACGGUAGGACGACCUGGUCUCUUAGCCUACCGUGGGCUGUUGUCAGAUGUCAAAAAUGCCCUCUUAGAAGUUUAGAACAUUUCUUUGGUGCUCACUCGCGUUUCAUGUUCAACGGUGCUACAUGACUGGUGCUGGAUGCAUGUAAACUCUGCAACCCUAUCAUGUUAUGGCAGCUAGAUGCUACUACGUCUAUCUUUUGGUCGGUGAUUA